CAGAUUCUUAUUCUUCCCUCCUCUUCCUCUUCCUCUUCCCUUUCUUCUUCUUCCCUCCUCUUCCUCCUCCUCUUCCCUUUCUUCUUCCUCUUCCGCUUCAGUUCUAAAGAAUAGGAUAUAUCUAUCAAGAAACUUUCAGUUCUAAAGAAUAGGAUAUCGAUCUAUCAAGAAACUUCACAAUGCAAGUCCAAUUUUUCAACAACAAAAAGAAAUCUCAAACCUACUCACUCAAGGCCAUGGCUCAGGGCAUAUGUUGAGCCACGCCACGUUCAUGCCACCAACGGCAAGGGCCUCAAGUAGUUGUUCAAAGCCGUUGAUUUGUGCAGAUGAGCUUGGUCCGCCUGGUACUUCUGAAUCUGUUCUCCCUGAGCUCGGUUUCCAGCAUCGACCUCGAUAUAUAAAGGUGAAAGAAGUAUAGUCUUGCUACGAAGCAGGGGAUAGUACCCAGGGGAAUGUGCCGUUGUCGGAGAUGAGCAACUGUUCCGUCAGGUGUAUAUAUAUGUACAUAUGUCCAGGAUUGCACACUAUCAGAAGAAUAGCUAGCAGCUAGCCAGGAUUAUGGGGUCUCUCUCUAAACACUGCAUAGAGCUGAGGAAUCGGAGGGGCUGCGAGUGUAUCUGUAAUUUGUUAAAUGGGUUGAAACCAGUGCUGGGAAUGCUGUUGGUAAGUGUUUUAGGUGCAGUGUUGAACAUAUUCUACAAACUGGUCGCUAUUGAUGGAAUGAACUUGAGGGUCUUCGUCGCCUACCGCGUCAUCUUGGCCACUGUCUUCUUGGUGCCUCUCGCUCACGUAGUUGAAAGGAACAAAAGACCAAAACUUACGUGGAUUAUACUACUGCAAGCAUUUCUCUGUGGGUUAUUUGGGGUAAUACUGGCUCUAAACCUAUACCUGGAGAGCAUAGUAUUGGUAUCUGCUACAUUCGCUGCCGCGAUGAAUAAUCUGUUACCCGCCAUCACCUUCAUAAUGGCGGUAUGUUUGAGGAUGGAGAAAUUAGUCAUAAGAAGCGUUCCAGGGGCGGCGAAAGUUGUCGGCUCACUGGUCGGGAUCGGAGGGGCGAUGAUCUUCACUCUCUACAAAGGCACAAUUAUACAAAUCUGGUCUACACAUCCUCACCUUUUUCAUAUGAACAAAAACACUUCUUCAUCACAGGCAAAUCACUCUGCCAAUCCAGCCUUGGGCUCUGUUUUAGCUGUAGUCAGCUGUUUAUGCGCUGCAACUUGGUACAUAAUUCAGGGUAAAAUGAGUAAAACAUACCCAUGCGUAUUGUCCUGCACAGCUCUAGUCUCUGUAAUGGCAACAAUCCAAUCUGUCAUUUUGGCCUUAUGUAUGGAAAGGGACUGGAGUAAAUGGAAGUUGGGUUGGAAUAUUAGACUUCUUGGAGUUGUUUAUUCGGGAAUAGUGAGUUCAGGACUUGCAAUGUGCUUGACUUUAUGGUGUAUGAAUAUGAGAGGGCCGUUGUUUGUAUCAAGUUUUAACCCUGUAACGCUCAUAGUCGUAGCCAUUUUCGGCUCUUUGCUGCUCCAAGAGAAGUUGUACCUAGGAAGCAUACUUGGAGCAUCGCUAAUUAUAUGUGGAUUAUACGUACUAUUGUGGGGUAAAAGCAAGGAAAUGAAGAAGCCGAUGAGAGUCGAACCGGUACUUGAAACCCCGCGACCGUCCGAAACUCAAGCCAUUGAAAUUGUUACUUCAACAUCUCCUAUAGAGCCGAGCGUUAACACCAGUACUGAGAAUGAUAAUAACAACAACACAAAUGAUAGUUUAAUUGCUGUUGGACACUUGGACACCAUGAACUUGGAAAUAGAGAUCGACUUCAGACUACGGAGCUAAAUCGGACGGACGGCGGCGGCUACCCAAUUGGCGAUCAAGUUCACAGAUAAUUAAUACAGAAGGAAAAGAAAAGGCAAGAGUUUAGGAAGUAAUCAGGAGAGUCUUGCAAUUUCGCAAACCAUGUAAUACUGUAUGGAAAUACCAAAUUUACAUUUGGUUAUUUUCUGCGGUUUACUUUAGAUGUAAGAUUGUCAUGUUAUGCGUCUCCAUGAUAAUUAUUUAGGUACAUAAAUUUAACUGUGGAAUCCCUAGUGUUCAUUUAGAUGUAAGAUUAUCAUGUUAUGAGCCUCCAUAUUGAUUAAUUAGGUGCGCUUUUCUUAAAUUGUGGAGUCAUUAUUGGUGUAUUGUUGAAA